UUAUAGAUAAUGGAUGCUUUCCGUUUGGCAAACACAUCUUUGGCCAUUGACAUUCUAAAAAUGUUCUGUGAAAAAAGCAAGACAGAUAAUUUCAUCUUUUCGCCGAUUUGUGUUUCUAAUACUUUGGCUCUAGCUUUUAAAGGAGCUAAGGGUGACACAGCAGCUGAAAUAGAAAAGGCUCUUCACUUUGAAAAGGUCAAUGCUUAUGAUUUCGGAUUUCAAUCACUGACGUCAGACAUUUCCAAAAUGUGUUCCCCCCUUAAAAUUGUAAAAAGGCUUUACGUCGACAGUAGUCACAAAUGCACUAAGGAGUUCAUAAAUUCAACCAAGAAGCACUAUCCAUCAGAAUUGGAACCAAUUGACAUUAAAAGUCGAGUAGAUGAGGCUCGAAACCAGAUAAACACAUCAGUAAAAGACCUCACUGAUGGUAGCAUGGAGAUGGUAUUGGAUGAGGGUUCACUUAAUGAGAAUACCAAUAUGGUUUUGCUUGGAGCUGCAAGUUUAAAAGGAUGCUGGUUGUAUAAAUUCAAUGAACCUGAAACCAAAGAGUCCACGUUUCAUAUUAGCAAGACUGAGACUAAGCCCGUACAAAUGAUGCAGCAGGAAGCAAGACUUGGUUUUCGAUCUUUGAAAGAGUUAAAUUUGACAAUCCUGGAAAUUCCUUUUGCAUGGAAGCAAAUUAAUAUGCUUAUAUUACUGCCCAAAACAACUGAAGAUGAACACACUGGACUGGAGCAGUUGGAAAAGGAACUAACAUAUGAGAACUUUGCCGACUGGACCAAUCCCAGUAUGAUGGCCAACAGCAAAGUAAAGUUGUCUUUGCCUAAAUUCAAGAUUGAGAGUUGUUACAACCUGAAGGACACAUUGAAUAGCCUGGGGAUUAAGAAUGCUUUCAAUGAUGAGACGGCUGAUUUUUCUGGCAUGUCAGAGAGUAAAGGAUUAUCAGUAUCCCAGGCAAUAUGCAAAGCAGCAAUUGAGAUAAAUGAGGAUGGCAGUGAAACACCAGAUGUGUCAAAAGAGAGAUACCUGAUGCCCAAAACAGAAUGCAUCGCCAACAGUCCUUUUAUUUUUAUUGUAAGACACAACAAAACUCAAACUAUCUUACUUUGUGGCAGGUAUUGUGGCCCUAGCUAG